UGCCACGAGAGGGCGCUUGUGUUUACAUCAUUGCUUCCUUCUCUUGCAGCCUCGGGUGUAAACUGUGUAGAGACGUGAUAUGAGUGUUUCACUUUCAAUUCUGUAGAAAACUGAAGCAAAAGGGAACGCACGAUUUCUGCGUUGAGAGGGGGCACCGUUGAGAAGAGAAGCUGGAGUGUAUUGCUUAGUGGGAGGGGGGUGUUUGCAGGGUUAUCGGCGACCCACUUUUUUAUUUUAGUUUUUGCAUUUAUUUGCAACAAACAUGGAAGAGUUAGUCGUUGAAGUCCGGGGCACGAGUGGAGCUUUUUAUAAGGCCUAUGUCAAAGAUGUUCAUGAAGAUUCAGUAACUGUGGCAUUUGAGAAUAAUUGGCAGCCAGAGAGACAAAUACCUUUCCAUGAUGUUCGGUUUCCACCACCUGCAGGAUUUCAGAAAGACAUUAAUGAAAGUGAUGAAGUUGAGGUAUAUUCCAGAGCAAAUGACAAAGAACCUUGUGGUUGGUGGCUGGCUAAAGUUAGAAUGGUAAAGGGAGAGUUUUAUGUGAUCGAAUAUGCAGCCUGUGAUGCCACAUAUAAUGAAAUUGUUACAAUAGAAAGGCUACGACCAGUAAACCCAAAUAAGCCAGCAGUUAAAAAUACUUUCCUCAAGGUUAAAUUGGACGUGCCAGAUGACUUGCGACAAAUGUGUACAAAAGAGUCUACACAUAAAGAUUUCAAAAAAGCUGUAGGUGCUUUUAGUGUUACAUAUGAUGCAGAUCAGCACCAGUUAGUUAUUCUGUCAAUAAAUGAAGUGACAAUUAAAAGAGCGAAUAUGUUAAGUGACAUGCAUUUUAGAAGCCUCCGCACAAAAUUGUCGCUAAUGCUGAGAAAUGAAGAAGCUAGCAGACAACUAGAAAGUUCACGGCAGCUAGCCUCUCGAUUCCAUGAGCAGUUUAUUGUGAGAGAAGAUUUAAUGGGUCUUGCAAUUGGCACUCAUGGAGCCAACAUUCAGCAAGCAAGGAAAGUUCCAGGAGUGACCACGAUUGACUUGGAUGAAGAAACCUGCACAUUCCAUAUUUAUGGAGAGGAUAAAGAAGCUGUUAGGAAAGCUAGAAGUUACCUUGAAUUUUCAGAGGAUAUAAUUAAAGUCCCAAGAAAUUUAGUAGGAAAGGUUAUUGGGAAAAAUGGAAAACUUAUUCAGGAAGUUGUUGACAAAUCGGGAGUAGUGCGUGUUCGAAUUGAAGCUGAAAAUGACAAAAAGAAUCCUCAGGAUGAGCAAGGCAUGGUGCCUUUUGUUUUUGUUGGUACAAAGGAGAGCAUUUCUAAUGCACAGGUUCUUCUGGAUUAUCAUCUCAACUAUUUAAAGGAAGUUGAUCAGCUUCGCCUUGAGAGAUUACAAAUCGACGAGCAGCUGCGGCAAAUAGGAGGAGGUGCAAGGCCUCAAACCACUCGGUCAGAAAAGGAGAAGGGUUUCGUUGCUGAUGAUGCCAUUGGUCUGACCAGAGCAGGCAAACCAUAUCCUGGGAGAGGGCGUGGUAGGCGUGCCCCAGGAUAUACAUCUGGGACAAAUUCUGAAGCUUCUAAUGCAUCAGAGACUGAAUCUGAUCACAGAGAUGAAUUAAGCGAUUGGUCCCUUGCACCUACGGAAGAGGAGAGAGAUGGCUAUUCUCGCCGUGGUGAUGGCCGCAAGCGGGGCAGUGGAGGUGGUGGCAGCAACAGAGGGCGAGGAAGCAGAGGUCGUGGAGCAUAUAAAGGUAAUGAUGAAAUGAAUUGGAAUGACUCUAGACAGAGAAGUUCAAGAGAUAUAAAAACAAAAUCAGUAGAAGAUUCCCUGCAGAUCCGAAUUGACAACAAUAAUGAAAGGAGUGUACAUACAAAAUCGUCACAGGCACCAUUUGUUCAUGGUAACAACCGACAACGGAUGGGCAAAGAACGACCUGUGAAAAAAGAAAAAUCUGAUGCAACAGAUGGUCAGCGAGUGCUUGUAAAUGGAGUGUCAUAGAGCCCUUGCACAGUUGAACAUAGACAUUUCAUGCACUGUUUCAUUAAUCCAGAAGCUUCUUUGUUAGAGAAACAUGUUAGGCCAAAGAGAAUUGGGUCAGUAGGGCUGUCGUAAGACAUAAACAGCACAAUUUCAGAUUGUGUCAAAGCAUUAAAAGCUUUCUGCAACCGGUACGGGAGGCAUUUAUUUGUCCUACUGUAAUGGGAGAAUUGAAGGGGUGGGAGCAUUAGCACUGUUUUCUGUUUGUUCAUAUAAUCUUAAUCAUAAAUUAAAGCGUUUGCUACCAACUGAUUUUACAUUAAGCAUACUGUAGUUUAAAACAUCAUUGUAAGAGAGUUCUUUCUUAGUAUUUAGGUCAUUUUUUUCACCUUUAAACAUUUUGACACUGUUCACAUCAUAACAUGGCAGAUUAGUUUUAUGUACUUGUGUCAUCAUUUGUCCAAAUUGUUUCAUGAUGGACUGUGUUAAAGUGUGAAGUAAAAGCUGUCACAUCAUCAAGCAAAAAAGGAGGGGAGAAUAAUGUAUGAUCUGUGCCUUUAUAAUUGGGAUAUGUAGGGAGUGUGAGUGUGUGUGUGUGUGCGCGCGAGUGUUUUUGUUUUUUUUCCUAAUUCUUGGAUGUAAAAAAUCAGGGAAGAUAAGUAAACACUAAUGUAAAAUAUGUAAAGAACUUGAUUAAUUAUCAAAUAUACAAGAUAAUUUUUAAACUGCAUGCUUCUCAUUAUUCAGUUCUUUUUUUCCCUCUUGAUAAUUUUUCCUUGGCUUUUGCACUGACAUUUUACAUACUGUAGUAUUAUUAAACAAAGAAGUAUUUCUCAGUUUUUCAAGCAGGUAAGCAUCAAGUUCUGUGUUUACUAAAUGGUGGGUGGGAUAACAAAGCAACAAAAUUUAAAAUGUUUUCCCUUUUUGGUCCUGUAAAAAUGGAUCAGGUGAGUUUAAAAAAAAAAAAAAAAAGUUUGGUUGUCACGCAAAGUUAUGAUACUUUGCUGUGACUUUGUUCUCCUUUUCCUUUUCAAUUAUCUUAGUAAUUAGAUGUGAAGGAAAAAGAAAAGUUCUGGUAAUAUAUAAGUUUUUAAUGUAACUGAUAACUUCAUAGGAAGUAACUUUGUAUCUGUUAAUAUAAUGGGUGUUAAAUUUGUGGGGAAAGUGUUCUGUUACUUUUUUAAGUUAAUAUUAUUGCCCAAAUCAUUUCUUGAGACUGAACAGUUUGACAUCAAAGGAACGGGGAUCUUAUAGGUUUCAGACAAUAAAUCACUUGACCAAUCCAUUUCUCAUCGAAAAGAAACCACUGAGUGACACUACUUGGGGUUUGUAGUCAUUGUUUCUGUUAAACUUAUUCUGACAGACAUCUAACUGUGGGUGCCUAAAGCCUUAACAGUCCCUAUAAUGAUGCACUGUGACAUAAGAAUAUGUUUUUAUACUGUAUAGGAAAAAUCUUAAAUUCAAUGUUGUAGGUUUGAGUUGCAUAUUUCAGCACUUAAUAUUGUAUUUCAAGCCUGUUGUUUUAUGUCUACAGUUAGAAUGCAGACUCUUCCUUUGAUAUUAAGCAAAUUGUUAGUGUGUUACACUAACCUUAUUUACCUAUGAAAAAUAUAAACUAUUAAAAUUUUCCAAAGAUAUUUUGUAAUUGCAUUGGUUUAAGUAUUGUACAUUAUUGUAUUAACUUGAAGAAAAAAAAAUUGUUCACAAUAUUUAGUUCAUUUGAAACACAUUUGUGAACCUCAUUGCUUUUAAGUUUGUAGCUUGCCUUGGGGGAAAAAAAUAGAAGAUAGAUUUUUGUAUUUCUUUCUCAAAAAGUAAGAAUGUCAUGUCAUGCCUCCUAAACAAUUGACUAUUUACUAAUUAAAUAGUUAAAUCUGAAAUUAAAAUAAUUAAUUUGAACUUUAAGUUUCAGAGUUGGUACUGUAAAUACAUAAAUUGUGGUAUAUAAAAUCAAGUUUUAAAGGAAUUUAAGGUGUUUUGUGUUUAGUUAUUGGAUGGUUAUUUUUAUUUUUGAAUUUUUUAAAUAAAGGCACCUCUUUACACUGUAAUUUUUGUUUCAUUUGAAUAUAUUUAGCACUAAAACUUUGAAUAGUCAGUAUUUUGAACAUUGCAUAGUAAGCCCCACCUGACUGCACACCUCCUUAAACACAGUAACCUGUCUCUGACACUGAAGAGGUCCUGCAGCCAUGUGCAGUUCGUUUUUGAAGUGCACAAAAAAAUGGCUGAAUGUUGGCAAUGUUAAAGUAUGAAAUGGAAUUUUAAAAGUGUAGCUGCUAUAUUUGGAAAAAGCAACGGGUUGACUUUUUCAAGAUAACUGCAUUAUGUAAAUUGAUGCUACUUGAUAAUUGGAAUAUUUAUUUUUAUUCCUGCUUCAUCUCCAAAUGAACAAACUAGUACAAAUGCUAAUGAAGAAUUAUCACAAUUUUUUAUUUUAAAUUCCCAAUAACCUUUAUAAUUUGUUAGUGCAAAUUAUAUAUGUCAUGAAUUAGAGCUUGAAGUAAAAUUUGCUGUUUUGUAGUAGUACACUCAGUGGUGCUAACAUAAGAAUAUUUUGUGGGAGCAAGAUUUGAAACACAAACAUACAAGUUGUCCAUCUGAAAACACAUUAGGAUGUGGGGACAUUAGAGAAUGAAAACUGUGUGUGUGGGUGUGUGUUGUAUAUGAAACACCUGAGUGUUUGAAAGUAAGGUAUGAAAAUGUAAUCCUCUUUUGCAAGAGCAUAUUGUUUACUUUUGAUAUUUUGUGUUUUUCUAAAUGCAUAAAAUGUGUAACGUAUAGGAUUAAAUGUUUCAGCAGACUGCACACUGUUUGAAAUGGCAUUAAAUGUCUUCAAAGUGUUGCCAAACUUAGAUACCAAUUUCUAGUUAUUUAUUUAGGGGAUGUAUAGUAUUUGAAAAGAGAUUUCUUGCACACAUCUUUGUGGUCUGUUUUGAUGUAACAGAAAUGGAGAAAAAGUGACUGUAGAUAAUUAACCAAGGUAGAUUGACCUUGUUUGUAACUGUACUUGGGGCAAUAUUUUUUUCUCUGUACAUAAUAGCUGAAAAAUGGGUUUUAUGUUGACAUUGUUUGGUUAUAGUGCAAUAUAUUUUGUAUGCAAGCAGUUUCAAUAAAUAAAAUGUCAUCUUA